AUGGCUGACACCUGCUGCACGAGGACCUGCGUGAUUGCUGCGUCCACCACCACCUCUGUCUGCUCUAGCAAUCUGAGCUGCGGCAGCCGGAUCUGCUCUCCCGGCAGCGCCUGCACAGGUGCCUCCUGGCAGGUGGACAAUUGCCAGGAGAGCUAUUGUGAGCCUCCAUGCUGUGCUCCCAGCUGUUGUGCCCCAACCCCUUGCCUCCUCUGCACCCCAGUGAGCUGUGUACCCAGCCCCUGCUGCCAGUCUGUCUGCAGCAGCUGCUGCACACCCUCAUGCUGCCAACAGUCUAGCUGCCAGCCAGCUUGCUGCACUUGCUCCCCCUGCCAGCAGUCCUGUUGCGUUCCUCUCUGCUGCAAGCCUGUCUGCUGCACACCCAUCUGUUCUGGAUCCUCCCCAUGCUGCCAGCAGUCUAGCUGCCAGCCCUCAUGCUGUCAAUCUCCCUGCUGUGUGCCUGUCUGCUGCACACCCAUCUGCUCUGGAUCCCCAUGCUGCCAGCAGUCUAGCUGCCAGCCCUCAUGCUGUCAAUCCUCCUGCUGUGUGCCAGUCUGCUGCAAGCCUGUCUGCUGCAAGCCCUGCUCCAGUGUGUCCCUGCUCUGCCGCCCUGUGUGCAGACCUGCCUGCUGUGUGCCCACCUCCUCCUGCUGUGCCUCCUCCUGCCAGCCCAGCUGCUGCAAGCCCUGCUCCAGCAUGUCCCUGCUCUGCCGCCCUGCCUGCUCCCGCCAGGCCUGCUGUGGCCUCUCCUCAGGCCAGAAGUCCAGCUGCUGA